CGUUGCGAGUAGGUACUUGCGAGGCGAGUGUAGGUACUAGGUAGUGGAUGUGUGUCUAUUGUGCAAUGUGCAUCGUCUAUGGCGAGCGGGAAAGCCGCGUUUUCGAUUUUAUGCAUGUAUCAUAUAUCAUCAAGCAACGUCAAGAAGAUUUCAAGAAUGGAGCCGCCGCCGGUAGACGAGGCGGCAGAGAAAACGAUCUCGGACUAUCUGCGGUCUUGGGGAUUGGAAGCCUACAUUCCAAAAUUUUUGGAAGAAUCCAUUGAUGUGGAGACUCUCCAAAUGUUAUCAGAGGCUGACCUGAAAGACUUAGUGCCAAUUAUUGGACACCAGGCUAAGCUGACGACACAAAUCAAACUUUUGACCAAUAUAAUGUCAAAUGCUUUUGAGAACACUAGUCCAAUGAAGAACAAACUGAUUUAGCCGCUCUAACAUCGCUACCUUUUUUGAUGAGCACAUCAAAUGUUACUUCUACAAAGAAAGCAACUAAAAAGACACACUGGAGACCAUCAAAGCGAGAGGUAUUGGAAGGCUUCAUAACUCAAGUCGCAAGUCCAGCUGAGGUAGCAGUAGAGAUAACAAGAAAAAGAGACAAGCUUAUGGAAAUGGACCUUCAAAUGCAACCUUUUGUAAUUGCAGUUGUGUCACCGAAUAAAUCAAUUACAGCAAGGUACAUAGUGAUUAAUAACAUAACAUAUGAAAUGCCAACUAUUACAAAAGCUGUAGAAGUUUUUUUAAAGGCGAUUUUUGUAUUGAAUGCUGAAUAUCCUAAAGAGUCCCGUCAUGUCUGGCAGUUUGUACAAACUGUACUUUUUGAGUUAAAAACGAAAUAUGAUAAAAGCUUUACUGCAGUAAAUACACUUAUAUCGGAUCUCGGCAUUAAAACAUAAAGAACAAGCAUUGAUCACAUAAAUCGCAUAUAAGCAUACAAACUAAAAUGCCCAAGUGUUUCCUAUGUUUGAAAGACCUGACAAGUGUACCGAACCUAAUGACACAUUUUUCUUUGAAUCAUGAAAGACAAAAUUUCAGUGUUUAUCAUUGCAUUGAACUAGUGCAACUAUUUAUUUCCACUAUUUCCAUUGUAGUUAUUUUUUGGUAAAUGCUUCCUACUAGAAAAUAGAAAUAGAAAGUUUGUGAGGAUGUAUGUAUAGAUGUUUACAGCAUUUAGCAAAAAUUAACUACAAUGGAAUGAAAAAAGUAGUUUGCAUUAGUUUCAUUUUUUAACUUCAAUGAAACUAGUGGAAAUGAUCGAAUUUUAAAUACUAUUUUAGUGUAUGUAGCUAGGUUUGGCUAGUAUAGUGUGCUAGCUCUUUGUCUGAAUUAAUUAUAAGUUCCUACUAAAAUUAAUUGAUUUGAUACUUAAUAAAUAAAUAUAAUUGUAAAAACAAAGUUGUUUUUCUUAUUCUAUCUCAAGUUUGUAACCGAAAUGAAUACCAUAGCAGGUGAGAUUUGGGGAAGGAUAUAUCUUGCUAAAACUUCUUAUAGGUAGGUAAAUGAAAAUCUACAAGAAAAAAAAACACUUCAGGCUGAUGCUACAGGGUAGCCCGCGAAAUUCAAAUUUUCUUACGUUUUUUGCAAUUUGUAGGCCAGUGCUAGGUUGUAUGUAGAUUAAAAUAUU